GAGCACCGUUCGGGGUCCUUUGCAAAGACACUGCUAGCGAUGUUGGUCCGAUUGCUGGCCAGUGCAGCGAUAAGGUUGGGAGGGCUUGGGUGCAAGAGAUUUCCCUAUGCACUUCAUUGGUCUGAGGAGCCAGUCGUGCUAGAGGUAGACACUCCUGUUCGCCGCCCCUCCAUCUACCUGCGCGCAUGUCCUUACCGUAGCAAGAUUGGAGUGCUGAUUAUAAUGUUGCUCGUCUUUGGUUGAUUGACAUCGUGGGCUCAGUGCCGUGAAUUCUGAUUAGCUGGGUGGUAAAAAGCAGAUAUAAUCAAGUCAUAAUUGGAACAGGUACUGAGCACUGCGUAAACAACAACAACAAUGCGCGUGAACAGCUGCUCAAGAGCGGUGAGAAGUUUAUCAAUGCCGGGUUGUUUCAGACUGCAAAAAGAGACAGAGAAUAUCGUUGGUGGAUUUACCGUUUGAAAUAAAAAUAACAGAUGCUUUUGACACAAG